AUGAAUAAAGAAGACAUAACAAAAAACGAUCUCUUAAAUGAUAACUAUAGAAGACAAUAUCUUAUUUAUUACAUUUAAUAAAUUUAUAAAAAUUAUUUACAUAGUAUACCUAAUAGAUAGAUUGAUAAUUAAAUAUAUUCAGGUUAUAUAGCAUUUGUUAUAGAUGGGCUUGAGAAUCAAUCAAUUGCUUUCAGAGAGAUUUUAAUUUAAAAAUCUAGAAAAUAUAAAUAGUCUACCUUUCUUUAAAAAUAAAGAAUUCUAUACUUUUUAAACUUGGCUAUUCAAAAGUUUCGAAAUAAAUAACUAAAUAACCAAAAUAAAAUUAACCUCUUUUCUAUUAUUGAAUUUGAUUAGGUAUUAGAAUAGUCUUAACACGAAUACUACAAAUGUUUACUUAAAAAGCUUGAAUUAAUCAAACUUAUUGGAGUCGAUUUUAUUAAUUUACAAUCAUUUGAAAAGGAAGCUAAUCAGCUAUUUUUUGACCGUUAAAGGCUUUAUGAAAAAUUAUUUGCUUUGUAAAAAUGUAAUCCAAAUAAUUAACCCUUGUAAAUAAUUUGUGAAGGCUAUGAUGAAUGCCUUUCUAUUCAAAAAACAUUUUAAAUUCUCUACUAAUAAUAAAAUAAUAAUAAAGGCAAAUUUAAAAAAAGUAUUCCAUUUUAUUCAGAAGAUGCUGCAGUUGCUUACAUUUCUAUGCAAACUAACAUUGGAAAAAUAAUUAAAGUCUCAAGUAAUUUUUCUUAAGUAGUUCCUUUAGUUAAAGAUAGCAAAUAAGCAAUAGGAAAAAACAUAAAUUUUAUGCAACCAGAAUAAAUUGCUUUAGUUCAUUAAAAUAUAUUGCAAAAUUGUUUAGAUAAAAAAACACUAAGUGAAGAAAUCAAAGAUUACCCUUUGAUUUUAGCUAAGGAUCAAAACGGAUGGGCUAUUCCUUAUCAUGUUAAAAUAUAAAUGUGUAUGAUUGGUUUUGAUGAGUUAGGAGCAAGUGGUUGGUUAAAGUAAAUAAUUGACAACAAUAUAUAUUUAAUGAGUUCUUCUGUAAAAAACAAUCUGAAAAUUUUCUUAGUAGAUUAAAACUUCUUUAAAACUAUCUUAUAGGAUAUAGUAUUAUUCCAAGAUAUUAAGAAAAUCAAUUUAAGUAGUAUCAUUCCUUUGAUAAAUUUAAUUUUAGAAAAAGGUAUACAGGGAUAGUUUUAUGAAGUCCUUGCAAUAAAGCCUUAAGAUUUCAAUGAUGCAAUGAAAUAAAGAGAUUAUUAUGAUGAAAAGUUAAUUCAAGACUUAUUAGAAAUGAAUUUAUAUAAAAUAAAAUUUACCUUUUAUAAUUUAAAUAACUAAUUUAUACAAUUUAUUCAGUAUUAAAUAACUUCGAUAACUCCCAUCUACAAUUUCAGUCAAAAAAGAGAAGCUAUUAAAAAUUUUAAAGCUUAGAUAAUUUAGUUUGUUGAUUUUUAGUAAUUAAAAGUUACUUACGAAGAAGUCAUCAAAUCUUAAAUUUCUAUUAAUUAAGAUUUAUUAGAUAAUAAUAAUGGAAUUAAGUCAUCUCAUAAUAUUAGUAUAGAGGAAGCAGUUUUUAGUAUGUAGGAUCAACCUUAAUUUAAAGAUUAAAAUUAAGAAUUAAUUAAUAUAGAUUUAUCUUCUAUUAAUAGUAAGUUUCCUUCUUAGAAAUCUAUACGAGAUUGCAAAUCUUACCAGACCUUAACUUAUGAAACAAGGAAUAAACAAUAAAGUGUAAAAUAUUCUUCGAGAAGUAACAUUUAAGUUAAAAAUAAGUCAUAGCAAAGGUUAAACAGCUUUUCUUCUCAACAAUCGAUAUUCUCUUAGUAGAAUCAUUAACAAAUAGAAAAUGUUCUCUAUCCUUAAAAUACAGUAGACACUCAUAGGAGCUUGCAAAUUUUAAGCAUAGAAUCAUUUACUUCACCUAUAAAUUCAGGUAGAAAACCAAUUUUAUUCUAAGAGUAGGCUAAACAAGCUUUAACUAGCAAAAAUAUAAGCCAUCCUAUUCUCGAAAAUUCAUAAGAAGAGGAAAAUUUGUCUUUUAAAAUCUAAGAGAAAAAAAAGUUAAGAAAUUUAAAUUUCUUCCCUCAGUAAAAAAUAGACCAAUAAAAAUAUUCCCAUCCUUUAACUUUGAGCGAUCCUAUUUCGUCUAACUAGCAACCAGCAAUUAGAAGUAAUUAAAAUAUCAUAAAAGAAGAAAUUGAAAAAGAUGUAAGUGUUAGUACCACCUUAUCAGCUAAGUCUUCUGUUAAGGCUUACAUUUUAAGUAAUAUAAAGUCUAAAACUAAUUCUAAAAAACUAAAAAUUAUUAACAUAUUUGGAAUUGUUUGUAUAGCAAUAAUUACUCUAGUUAACAUAAUUGCAUUUAUAUAUCAAGCUGAGGAGUUUUACAUAUAGAAGUAAAAUUAUGAAUAGAUAUUUUGGUGCUUUGAGCUAAAGAGAUUUACAUCUUUGAUAUAAAGUAAUAGAGACUUACUAAAUAGUUUAAUAUCAGGCUAUUAUACCUUUAAUUCAGAGUUAGAAGGGAAGAGAACCUAUGGGUAUAUUAAAAUUGUAGAUAUGUAUUUAUAUGAAUCUUAUAAGAAUUUAACAGUUGAGUUGGUUUAAACAAAAGCCAUAAAUAUCGAUAUAUUUACCAAAGCAAAUGAGUAUUAGGUCCAACAUUUUAUACCGAACUCACUUGAACCAACUUAAAUAACUGCAAUGAGUACUCCUUUGACGUUUAAGCUUCUUUUUUUUCAAUAUUAUUCUUAUUUGGCUAUGUAUGACACAAGUCCAAUUCAAUACAAUGCUCUUGCUUCUAAAAUUAAUGAUUUAUCAUUAAGUAACGAGCUACAAAAUGUAUAUGAUAGCAACACAUAAAUUUUUUAUUCAUUUAUUGAUUAAAGCAGGUAAUUAGUGACUAUACAAUUAUAUUGUAUUUCAAUAAUAACUGCAUUUAUUUGCAUUCUUGUGAUACCUAUAUACUACUAAAGUUAGAAAAAAAAGGAAAAUAUCUUAAAGCUAUUUGCAGUUUUUACUUAAGAAUAAAUAAAAUAGAUGCUUUAAGCAGUAAGCCUAAACUUGGAAAGAUAUUAAAUUUAAUUUGUCAAAAAAGAAAGAACAUUGUCAAAUAUGAAGCUUGAACUAUAUUCAUCGUAUCAUAGAAAUUAAAUAUCUGAUCUUUAACUGAAACCUUAAAAUAACUAGUCUAUCAUCUAAUCAAAAAAUAUUUUGGUUUAAACUUUUAACUUAAAAAAGAAAAGCAUAAGCUCUACUUCUACUAUUUCAAAGUUUAGCUUAAAUUUAAUAUUAGGAAUAUUAGCUUGCUUAGCUUUGAAUUAGUUUUAUCCAGUCUCAAAUUAUAUAAUAUAAAUGCGUUAAAUAGAUUACUUUUAACAAAAUCUAGACUUUUUAAAUGAAUUUAAUUUCUUUGUUGAUAACAUUACAAUAUUUAUCAAGCUGCGUUAUGUAAUUACUUAUCAAUAUUUCAGCAAAGCUCCUUAGGCAGAACUAUCUGCUGAGUUAGAAAAUCUAAAAAGUACUCAUGAUAUUUAGAAAUAAUUAUUUCAAAAACUAAUAGAAACAUUUUCAAAAUUUGAAAGCUUCGAUGGAUAUGAAAGAGAGUAGUAUUAAAAUUAUUUAAGCAAAGUAUUUAAAAGUAACAUUUGCGAUACAAUUUUUGACCCUAAUUAAAACCACUUCAGAGAUAUUUAAAUUUCAUAUGAAGUGUGUAAGUAAAUAAAAGGAGGAAUAUUCUAAAAGGGAUUGAUUGUUUCAUUUAAAGAUUUGAUAGGAUACAACCAGAAACAAAAAGAAGGAAAGAACUAACAAUAAAACAAUAGGGAUGCAAUAAACGAAAUUUAAAUAGUAGUCAAAUAUUUUAUUUGGAUUGGAAGAUAUGAUAUCACAAAAGAGGAUAUUUUUGGAAUUGAGUAUCGCAAGUAAUACUUAGACUACUACAUUUUGAAUUCAUUUAGAGAUCAAAUUAAGAAUAAUAAGUUAGAAAUUAAUAGAUUUUAUUACAGUUAUAUCACUUUUUGUGUUAAUGCUUUAAAAAAUUAAAUGAUUUCUUUCAAAGAAAUACUAACAAUGCGCUAAAUCAAAUACAACAAAGUUAAUCUCAGACAUAAGCAAGCAAUCAAUUAUUUAUAUGAUUUGGCUUGUGAAGAAUUCGAAAUUGAUGCUUAAAUGAUUCAAAAUUCAAAUCAUGAAAAAAUAAUUGAUGUCAUUGACUAUGACGAGAGCUUAGAAUAAUGCUCCAAGGAAUAUCGCUAAUGCUUGAAUUUAAAAUACGAUUUAUUAUAGACAAUAGGACAUGAUUACAUUAAAUUACAUAUGUUGGAGUAAUAGGCUUCUUCUUUAUAAUAAAAACGAUAACUUUUGAUUGAUGAGCUAAAUAAACUAUUCUAAAAAAAUAGCUCCAGUGCUAUCUUGUAAAAUAUUUGUGAAGGCUUAGAGGAGUGUUUAAUUAUAGAACCAAUUUUCACUAAAAAAUAUGAGUAAUAGCGUAAAUCAGGCUAUUUUCAUAAGAACAAAAUUCCUUUAUACACUGAAAACUCAGCUGCUAUUUAUAUUACUUUGCUGACAGAUAUUGGUAAAAUACUUAAGGUAUCCAAGAAUUUCAAAGAUGUUGUGCCUUUAGUAUAAAAUAAUUUAGAAGCUAUUGGAAAGAAUAUAAGCUUUAUGUAACCUGAUGAGAUAGCAUAAGGACAUAAUUAAAUACUUAUGAGUAGCUUAGAAAGAAAAAGCUUUAAUUUCUCAGUUAAGAACUAUCCUAUUAUUAUUGGGAAAAAUGCUCAAGGAUGGUCAAUACCAUAUCACAUCAAGAUAUAGCUUUGCAUGCUAGGAAAUUUUGAGUUAGGAGCUUGUGGCUGGAUUAAGCAAAUAAAAGAUGGUUGUAUGUAUAUUUUAACUUCAAUGGCUAAAGAUGACUUUAAAGUAAUGACAAUGGACUAAACCAUUUAUUAAAUAAUGCUUUAAGGUUAUUUCUCUCGCUCAUAAAUUAAAGGCAUGAGACUUAAAAAUAUUAUUCCAAUGCUUUAGGCUAUUAUUGAAAAAGGUUAAUAAGGAUAAACUUAUGAGACAAUAGUUGUUUAGCCUUAUACUAUUCAAGACACUAUUUAGGAGAGAGAUAUUUGUGAUGAAAAAAUUAUCAAUUAAUUAUUUAAAUCUAACUUAUUUAAUAUGAAAUUUAGCUUCUACACACUAGUUAAUCCUCAUGUUUCAUUCACCAUAUUUUAAAUUUCUUCAUUCAAACCUUUAGACGAUUUACAUAAUAAGAAAGAAGCAUUAAAAAACUUUAAAAUUUAGAUAUAUGAUUAUAUGGACCCAAAAAAACUAACAGCUAAUAUUGCUUAAAGUUUUAACAGUCUAAAUUUAAUUUAGGAUCAAUCCUAGGAGCUAGUUAAAACAGCUUAAAAUAUAAAUAUCUAGCAAAGUUAGAUAAUCAGUUUGCAAAACAUUAAAAAUGAGCAUAAAAAUGAAGAAAGUAAUUAAUUUAUAUAGAACUAAACAACUUAGGAGUCCUCACUUAUUAAAGAAUAUCCAAAAUAGACAAAAGAAAAAUAAAUAGAUGUUAAUUAAUCAACAAAACCAAAACCCUUUCUAAACUAAAUAAUGGAAACAUCAAAUGAACACUGUAAUUUAGAAAAUACACCUGGAUUAGAUUUUAAAAAACCAAAUAGAAUCUCUAUCGACUGUAUUGAACCACUAAAUAAUAAGCAAAAAGAUGGUAAUUUAAAAUUAACACAAAUGGAUUCAGGCACAAGCAGGUAACAUAAUUUAUCAGAAUAGUUGGUAUUAGGAUUAGAAACAUAGAGCUUUGCUACAUUUACAAAUUAGUUGAAAUCAAUUGGACAAAAUGCUUAAGAUAGCACUCCUUAAAUACUAUCAGUUGAGACACAUCAUCUUUUUAGCUCUGACUCUCUCUUUUUUUCACCUCUAUCCUCAAAUAGAAAACUUCUCCAGAAUCCUGAAGUAAGCAAAACUUUAAAUAGCAAGGUAGAUUUAAAUUAAAUCAGCUCACCUAUUGUUGAAAAUUCAUUUGAAGAAGAGCAAGGAACUAAAAAUAAUUAAAAUUCAAUCUCGUAUAAUACAAGCAUGAAUAAAAAUUAUUUAUAAUAUUAAUCAAAAAAUUUGUCUAUUUAAAAUAAUCUUACAAAUGUUCAAAAGUCCGAAAACAACAAUUAAUCUCAUUCCCAUUCAGGUAAUACAUCUAAGAACGUUGAUAAGAAAACAUAAGAUGAAAAGGCUCUGUUCGAAGAAAAGGAUAAAGAAGGAAGUGUAAAAACAGGAAAGACAUCUCGAUCUACAGCAAGAUAAUAAAUAAUCAGCACUAUUAGAUCAAAAAAUAACUCUUACAGUGUCCGUUUUAUAAAUUACUUGGGAAUUUUUUGCAUAUUUGUUAUAUGUGUGUUAAAUAUGGCAAGCUUCUUCGUUUAAUAUAAUGACCAAAAAUAAUAAAAGCUAAAUUUUGAAAAGAUAGCCUGGUGUUUCUAGAUAAAGAGAUACAUUUCUUUUGCUUUUGGAAAUAUAGGGCUUAUGAAUGGGAUUGGUGUGAAAUUGUAUCAGUUUUAAUCUCCAUUACAGAUGGGAGCUUUCGUGAAUUAUGUGUUGGAAUAAAACAAAUUAAUAUUUUAGAAAUACAAAAAUUCAACAAAUGAACUUAUACAAGGAGAUCUACAAGACAUCUAUGUUUUUAGCAGAGUGAACAGCUAUUAAAUUAAUAUUUCUUUUGCUAAUGUUAUGGAUUAAUCAUAAAUCACCUACAUGCCUACAAUCUUAACAUAAAAAUUAACAUAAUUUUAACAAAAUAUAUAUUACACGACCUCUAUGUUAGACCAAAAUAAUCUUAAUUAUGGGCAAUUAGGUAUAAACUAUAAUGAUAUUUAUAUAGCCCUUGAUAGCAUAUAUAAUGACAAUAAAUAACAUUUUUUUGAUUAAGUUGAUACUAGUAAAACGAUAAUUACCAUAUAAUUAAUUAUUAUUUCCAUAAUCACUGGUCUAUUCUUUAUUCUGAUUAUCCCCAUUUAUACUUAUUCUAUGUAUAAAAAAGAAGAAAUAUUGAAGCUAUUUGCCACUAUACCUGCUGAAAAAAUUAUCUUAAUGAUGAUGAAAGUAAGUAAGUAUAUUGACAAGUAAGAGCAAAUGGAUAUAAUUAACUAAAAAUCUAAAAAUGUAGUUUUAAGCUCUUUAAAUCACAUAGAUAAAUAUUUAAAAAACAAUACAAACCUCAAGUUUUCAGUAAAAUAAAUUUAAUAAUUCUCUUCAAAUUAAAUAGUACUGAAAAAACCAAUAGAUAAUAUGAAAAAGAAAAAUAUUAGCUCAACAAAUAGCAUUCAUAAAAUAAAUUUACUGCUUUUUGCUGCCUUAAUUAUAUUUUUGGUUAUGACUAUAUUCUAUCCAAUUUGUAAUUACAUAAUUACGAUUUCUCAAGUCAAUAACUUCACAAACAUCUUGAAAUUCUUAAAUUCUUUUGAUUAUUUUAUUGAUAACUUGAUAAGCUAAUAUUCCAUUAAAUGUGGAUACACAUUUGCAAUAAAUAUGGCUAUGUUCUUUCCUGAUGGAUAUCUAGAUACUUAUAUAUAGGUUGCCUAAUCCUAUACCAGCACCACAUAACAACUUUUAGACGAUAUGGUAAGCAAUUAUCAAAUUUUUUAAACACAAAAUGGAUAUAACUAAGACUCUUACAAUAAUUUCUUUUAUCCAUUCUUCAAAGAUGAUGUCUGUAAUGUAGUCUUUUAAACUGGCUAGAAUCAUUUAAGAGAUGUUUCUCUCACAUUUGAUUAAUGUAAAUAAAGUGCUUAAGGAGUGUUUUCGAAAGGAUAUUUGGUUGCAAUUAAAACUAUAACAAAUAUGUUGGACACUUAUUUUGAAGUUGCAUACACAAAAAAUGUCACUCUAUUUAAUAGUAUGAAUUAUUAACUUUAAUAGCAGCUGCCAAUCGAUAAGGAAUACAAAUUUAUUUUAGAUUUUUUAGAUCUUGGUGAUGUCCUACAUAAUUUCUUUUAAGAUAUUUAUAGUAAUUAUCAUGACUACGUUUUGUAUUUAUAAAUUUUUUUGGUUUCACUUUAAAUUUUGACAAUUUUCUUUGUGAUGGCAUUUGCUUGGAGAUCCUUUUAUAAUUUCUUGAGUAAAACAUAUUACAAAACAAAAUAACUUUUAGAUUUGAUCGAAGUCAACACUAUUCUCGAUAAUCCUUAUAUGGUAUCUUAUUUCAAAAAAAAUAAGUGA